AUCGACGUGUAUCAAUUUGGCAAUCUCCUCAUUAGCUCUGGGUUAGUCAUGUACGACGACGUCAAGUGGAUUUCUUUCCAUUCCGGUUACGAUUUUGGCUACCAUGUUAAGAUUACGAGUUGUCUCCCUCUCCCUAUGGAGGAGAGUGGUUUUCGAACCCUCCUGAGCAAGUACUUCCCGGCGCUUUACGACAUCAAAUUUCUUAUAAAGAGUUGCCCCACUCUCAAAGGUGGGUUACAAGACAUUGCGGAAGAGAUAGGCGUUCCCCCGGUCGGACCGCAGCACCAGGCUGCAAGUGAUAGCUUUUUGACUGUGAAUAUCUUUUUCGAGAUGGCGGGAAAGUUCUUCGACGGAAGGCUGAUGACGCCAAGUAUCUGUACGUUAUAUGAUCCAUAUGCUUGUAUGGAUUAGUAUCGUGAAUUGACAUCUACACACAGUGGACAAGUGCGGGGCCUUAAUGGGUCAGUAAUUUUUUCACGAAAUAUCAACGAAGUCGGAACCGUAGUUUACAAUAAUGGUGUUCCCGUGCCAUCAACACCCAUAACCGACAGAAACGGCCAGAACCCACAGAAGAUUCUCCAGUGUAGAGCUGCGCCAGUCGAAUUAGCGGGACUGUUUAAGGUACUGCCUUCAUCCCGCCCAUAGGAGGGAGAAAGCAACCCCCCAAAUUUCCAUAUUAUGACCCUUUUCGGUAUCCA